UCCAAUCAAGCCAAGCUCAAUGCAAUGUGGGAGAUAAAUCGGAACGUGACAUAAAGUAUAUUGGCGUGCGAGUUGUCUUUAUUGAGUAUUGUGAGAAGCAAGAAACCAGCCGAUAUCUCAUAUUUGCGUUCACCAGUAGCAAUAAUACAAGACUAUGAUAACGAGCGAACACCUCAGAAGUAUCGGCAGCUAGCAUGCGAGUUUCGUUCCGUUAGUUUUGAUUUGGCAUUGGAAGAGGAACUAUUUUGAUCCAGGUCUCUGAGGUGGUAGAUCGAGUAAUGAAUAAAACAAUGUAUGAGAAAAGUGCAGACAACGAAUCAUCGUUACCGUACAACAAAUUAGAUGACAGUGGAGCUAUAGCUGAUUUAGAUCACAAAGACCUGCCCCCGGGAAGUCGAAGGAAUAGCAGCUAUCAUCAUAGCGGCGAAGAAAGCAACAGCGAAGAGAUUAUCAGCGUUAUGGGGGACGUAGAGGCUGAUGAAAUCGUUUCUACAGCUGAGGCUCUCGGACACAGGAACGAAAACUCACCGUCACGAGAGGACAAGACACAUCAACAAAUACCCUCCAAUAGACCCCAACCUGUGAGGAUGCUGAGCAAACGGUUGAUCCUAGUAAAUGUGUUGGCAAAUUUCCUGGUGUUCACGAUAGCAGGCUUCAUCACUUAUCACUGCUUCAAUAAGGCUACCGUUUUGUUUUCGUGGCAUCCUUCGCUGAUGAGCGCCGGGUAUAUCAUUUUCAUGUCGCAAGCUGUCAUGACACUUUCCGGCGGUAAUUUUCUCACAUACAAGCGCCACUACAAAACUCGAAUCGUGAUCCACUGGCUGCUGCAGGCAAUCGCCGGAACUCUGAUCACGAUUGCCUUCGUGUGCAUCGUCCUGAACAAGAUUCGCAUGGGCAAAGCCCAUUUUCAAACGCUUCACGCUAUAGUCGGAUUAAUCACCUUCGUUCUCACAAUUAUCUCGAUCGCUGGUGGUGUUUUCACGAAAUACGGCUUCCAGUUGCGCCACAUAAUGCGACCAAUCUAUUCGAAGAUCAUGCACGGUAUCGCUGGAACUGUGACUUACGUUAUGGGAAUGGUAACCAUAGGGCUGGGAGUGUACUCGGCUUGGUUCCAGGAAGACAACAAUGAGCGCGUUCGUCUAUCGCUGCUGAUCGGAAUCUUUGCCGUGACGCUAUACGUUAUCAUCAAUCCUGUUGUGGCGACCAUUAGUAGAGCAAAAACGGCGGUAAGAACAACGCUUUGAGUGAGGUUUUUUUUUGCAGCAGCUUCGCUUUUCGUUUGUGACCGAUUUAGAACUUGUAUGACAAGAGUACUUUACAACAUAAGUAAAAAAUGUUUUUACAAUAUAUAUUUAUAUUAAAACUUUU